CACGCAAUGUUUAGGACAGCAAAAAUGAUGAGAAAACUCUUCAGCUUCUUGGUAGCUUUAAUUCUCCUCAGUCUGGUGUCUUUUGCUGGGGUUUUACUCUACAGCAAAGACAGCUUUUUGACUUAUUUAACAACAACAUAUCCUGUGGCAAAUGGAAAAUAUUCAUUUUCCAGGAGGGUAAAAGAGACUGAAGACCCAAAAGUCGGCCAAGGAAUGACACAUAUGCCGGCCUCUAUGAACAAGACUUUGGGACCCUGUACUGACCCCCCUCCAAAUCUUCUGGGACCUCUCCAAGUGGAGUUUAACUUAAGUCUGACUUUGGAAGAGGUGAUAAAGGAGAUCAGUCCUGCUCUCCAGGAGGGAGGAAGGUACAAGCCGCCAGACUGCAUCGCAAUACAGAAGGUGGCAAUCAUCAUCCCAUUCCGAAAUCGGCAUGAGCACCUGAAACACUGGCUGUAUUAUCUCCAUCCUAUAUUGAUGAGGCAGCAGCUGGACUAUGGUGUGUAUGUCAUCAACCAGGAUGGAGAUGGAGUGUUCAACCGGGCUAAACUGAUGAAUGCAGGAUAUCUUGAAGCCCUGAAGCAAUAUGAUUAUGACUGCUUUGUCUUUUCUGACGUAGACCUGGUUCCCCUAGAUGACCGCAACAUCUACAAAUGUUUUGACAAUCCCAGACACUUGAGUGUGGCUAUUGACAAACAUAAUUUUCACUUAGCCUACAAAACCUACUUCGGUGGAGUCUCUUCAUUUUUCAAGAAUCAAUUCUUGAAAAUUAAUGGCUUCCCUAACACUUACUGGGGCUGGGGUGGUGAGGAUGACGAUAUCUAUAGGCGAAUUGUCUUCCAGGGGAUGUGCAUUUCUCGGCCUGACUCUGAAACUGGAAAGUACAAGAUGAUCAAACAUAACAGAGACUUGCACAAUGAGGCCAAUCCAAAGAAUCCUGAAAAACUGAGACACACCCAGUGGACCAUGGAUAAAGAUGGGAUUAAUUCCCUGAAAUACACAGUCAAGGAGAUUGUGAAGGGUGCAUUGUACACUUUUAUCACUGUGGAUAUUCAGGCUCCAGCAAGCUAAAAAACAUUUAAAACUACAUUUGGCAUUUAAUAAAUUUGAGUGAGACAUAACAUUUUUUUUUAAAUUUGAAGGUAUGUUGAGGUAUUUAGAGAUCAAAUACAACACGUUAUCAAAGAUUAAACCAGUGAUUUU